CCAGCUCUCAGGAAAGAGGAGCAUCCCCCAUGUAGGACACAUGGCAAAAAACAACUCGUCAAGGAGCACCAGCAAGGAUUCACCCUAACAUCAGAGCCAAGGCGAUGUCCCUGCGAGCAGAUGCAGCCCAGUGUGGAGGGGUGGUGGUGGAGCUUGAGUCUGAUGACAUCAGGGAGGCUCGGGCCAGGAAGGCCAGGAGUACACCAGGGUCAGCCCUCAUCUACCUCAGGGGCCCUAAAUUCCUGAUCUACGUCAGUGGAGCACUGUCCAUGUGGGGUGACCGUAUGUGGCACUUUGCCAUUUCGGUGUUCCUGAUCGAGCUGUAUGGUCGUAACCUGCUGCUGACCGCAAUAUUCGGCUUGGUGGUGGCGGGGUCAGUGCUGCUGCUGGGGGCAUUGAUUGGGGACUGGGUUGACCGCAACCCCAGGAACAAAGUGGCGCAUGCAUCGUUGUUGGUUCAGAACAUUUCAGUGACGGUGUGUAGCAUUGUGCUCAUGUUGGUCUUCUCAUAUAAACAGUGGAUUGAGAGCAUUUGGGAUGGCUGGUUAACUGUGGUUUGUUAUACGGUGGUGAUCGUCCUGGCAGAUGUGGCUAACCUAGCAAGCACGGCGCUGACCAUCGCCAUCCAGAGGGACUGGAUUGUGGUUAUCACUGGCUACAACCGGGGUCACCUCGCCGGGAUGAAUGCUACCAUGCGGCGCAUCGAUCAGGUGACCAACAUCCUGGCACCACUGUCGGUGGGACAGGUCAUGACCCUGGCCUCCAACGUGAUUGGCUGCGGCUUCAUCCUGGGCUGGAACCUGGUGUCCCUCAUAGUGGAGUUUAUCUUCCUGUCUCGGGUCUACCGCAUUGUCCCGGCGCUGUCAGUCAAACCGCCCACGCCCGAGGACGGCCAGGCCUCCCUGGAGAGACCAGAAGAGAGGACCGAGGGACUGGUGGAGAAAAGGGGGUCACAAGUAGAGCAGAGUGAGGUGGUGACAUCAGCCCCGGGCCUCAGCGAUGACGACAUGAGCCUGAAGGAGAUCACCAACCUGCCUCUGUGUUUCGGACGCUUCCGCUGGCUCCUGAGCACCUGUAAGGACGGCUGGAGGGCCUACUACCGCCAGGAUGUCUUCCUGGCUGGGAUGGGCCUGGCCUUCCUCUACACAACUGUCCUUGGCUUCGACUGCAUCACCACCGGUUACGCCUACACCCAGGGCAUCAGUGGCUCCCUGCUCAGUCUGCUGAUGGGCGUCUCGGCUAUAACAGGCCUCAUGGGCACAGUCAUGUUCACCAAGCUGAGGAAGGCCUACGGUUUAGUCAACACAGGCAUCAUCUCCAGCUGUCUCCAUCUUUGCUGUCUGCUGCUGUGUGUGUGUUCUGUGUUUGCCCCUGGCAGCCCCAUGGACCUCAGCCUGCUCAUGCCCUUCCUGGACACCAACGCCAACUCGUCGUUGGCGGCGGCCGGGGGGAUGGUGGCGGGCCAGAGGCAGAAACACACCUACCCGAUGCGGGGUGGCAUUAAUCAGCCGCUGCUGCCCGACCGCUCGUCCAUCCACUGGACCAACAACACGGUGCUGUUUGAGAACAUGCCGUCGGGCACGGAGCCAGACUCCUACAUCUCUAUAAUCCUGUUGUUCUUGGGUGUCAUCACAGCACGCAUCGGUCUGUGGUCCUUCGACCUGACCGUGACCCAGCUGCUUCAGGAGAACAUCUGUGAGUCGGAACGCGGCGUGGUCAACGGCGUCCAGAGCUCCAUGAACUACCUGAUGGACCUUCUCCACUUCAUCAUGGUCAUCUCUGCUCCGCAGCCGCAGCACUUUGGCAUCCUGGUCAUCAUAUCUGUACUGUUCAUCACCACGGGACACACCAUGUACUUCCUGUACGCACGCAAAGCCAAGAGAAAACCUGCCAGACGCCUGGACACGUAGGGAGGCCGUAACAAAGAAUCCAACCACGUGCCCAGAGACUCCACUCUGCCAGCGCCUGCCUGUGAAAUGAAUGUCGCUUCUCUCUUGUUCCCUCUGCGCUCUCAUUGCUAGGCAACAAUACAAUACUCUAACACCCCUGCCCCCCCCCCCCAUCCAGCCAUUCAUUCCAGCACAACACAGCAAGUGUCUGUCGUGUCCCCCCCAACCUGGUUGCUAUCUCCCUGCAUGGCCAGGUGUAGUAUGGCCAAGUGAUAAGGUACAGAAACCAGAACUCAGGUGAACUAGAGUAGGAUCCAGCUUUUCCCUUCUGUACAUAAGUUGAUGUGGUUGCAACAGAUGCAGUAUUGGUUCCCCACCGUGGUAGGUUCUCCCACCUCAGUGUUGAUCCCCCACCGUGGUAGGUUCUCCCACCUCAGGCAAAGGGCACAGAGGGCAGGCCUAUGCAGCAGCAGCAGCAGAGCACGCCUUUCCAGCAAUUUUGGAUUACUGCAAGAGCUUCAUUAUGGUAGUCUGUUAACCCACUCAGCAUUUUGGAUGGGAGUUGGAUGGAUGGAUGGAUGUAUUUUUCUAACCUUCACACAGUAAAUAACUGGGCAUGGUGAAGCAGAUGACAGUAACAAAGAGAAGCAGAAACGAGACUCAACAACUUUAACAAGUGGCAAACAUGUUACUGAUCCGUCCACUUGGAAAUAAUCCAGGAAGUCCAAAAGGAAAACUAAAGGGAAGUUGUUGUCAGAUUGUGAGAUACUGAAGAUUAUAAAGGAGUCCCCCUUGAUGGACAGAAGAGGCAGGAUGUAGAGUAAUCUUCUCCUGGUCUGUUUCUCUGUGGAUGAAUCAGGAAGACAUGCCUAGCUUUCAAAUCAAUCACUAAGACGCAUUUCAGUGCAUAUUGAUUAACAAAUGAUAUCAUUCAACAAUAUCUAUAAUAUAAACCGGAUCGUAGGAACGUAUCAUAAGAACAUAAAGACAGUAAGAAAAAAUAUAACAUGCAUUGAAAUCAGAGGAAAUCACGUUCUCUUUACACACAUUUUAAUUUAAUCAAAAUGACCAUAAUUGCUUGUGUACUUAGAUAACUGAAAAUUGCUUCCAAAUUGUAAAUGCUUUUCCUUCACAUAGAAACAGAGUGAUAUUAAUGCAGUUUGACAAAUUUAUAGCAACCAGAUUUUUACUUACUCUUUCAUUUGUGACAUGUUUUGAGAUCAGUGUUUAAUAGAUUGAUAGGUCAGUAUGAUCUUGGAUUAUGGCUGUGUUGUACCACACUAGAACCCCUGCGCAUCCUGUUUCCUUGUUGUUCUCAUGAACUAAAACAGAACCUUACCUCAGUACAGUACAAGAAAACCGUGUUUGAAAAACUGACUUGGACAUGUCUCUCAGCUACAGUGGGGAGAACAAGUAUUUGAUACACUGCCGA